UGCGAUUUUAUACACACAACAAAUAUGUUUAUGUAACAACGAAGCUUUUGUUAUUCUUUUUCGCUUCAUAAAAAUUCCAUUCAUUGAAUUCGUUUGAAAAAUAAGUAAAAUGCAACGACCAAAUUUUCAAGCAAUAGACGAGAAAAAUUACAUGCGAUACGUUUCGCAGUACAAAUUGGAUGACAUGAUGGAAAAAUUGAAGUUACUGAAUUAUGAUGGUACAUUGUUGAAAGAAAUGAAAAUGAAACCAUUGAGUCGAUAUUAUUUUUUGAACUCAACGAAUCCGGGUGAGCAAUUUUUUAUGUUCACAUCAUUGUGUGCCUUCUGUGCCCGAAAAAUGGGUGAAGAAUUCGAUCAACCCGAAGAGUUUAUGGAUCCAACAGUGUUGGUAUCGAAAAUUAUGCAACUACUUCAAGAGCUGGAUAUUUCCACCGAUUUCCCUGCUAAUAAAUUAAUGCAAGGUGCUGGUUUUGUUUGUCAUUAUAUUUUGGAUUGUUUAGCAACGUGUGCACUCAAAGUGAUUAUGCCAAGCUUGGGACGGCCAGAAAUCAAAACGGACGAUGAUAUAAAAGCUGAAAUUGUGGAAAAUAACAAUGAGAUUAUAUUGGAGAAGGUCGAAGAAGAGCAGUAUACAGCUUUCAAUUCAGAUGAAGAAGUCGAUGAUGAUGAUGACGAUGAGAUUGACAUUGCCGGUCGAUUGAAUUUACGUGAAAAUAUGAAAAUUCGCGAUUUGUCUGCGACGAACAAAGAUGACCAGGCCGAAAAGGGUAGCAUGCUCACGGGUGAAAUGUGGAAAAUGGAAAUGGAACGAGCCAUACCACGAUUGAAAAUAGUUAUUAAAUCGGACAUGAAAGACUGGCGUGCAAGAUGGGAUCAAAUGAAAGUGUGUCGCGAGAAUAUCGAUUCGCUAUCUGACAGCACACAAUCUCAAUUGAAGAAAAUCCAACACGACGUAACAUUUGCCAUGGAUAAAAUUGAAAGUCGUGAAAAACAUUUGAACAACGAUUUAAAACAAAUGAUUGAACAAUACAAGAAUAUCUCUACCGAACAGGCUCAACAAAUUCAACAUCUGAAACAAGCACAGUCCGAAGUGGCUGAAUUUGAAAAAGUAUUCGAUCGACUGAAUCAUGAAUAUGAAACAACCAAAAUGCAAAUGGAACAGCGUGGUCAAACAAUGUCCGAUGGAAGUCCAUUUAUCAAUUUGAAGAAGGCUAUUGCACGCAUCAAAGAAGAAAUUAUUCAAAUGAAUUUAGAAAUUAGCGUAAUGCAACAUUCAAUUGAUCGUGAUAUUGUCAGAGAAAAUGCACUCUUCUCACUUAUUAAAAAUUAAUCUAGUUAAUCCAUUUGGA